CGGGCGGAAAGCUUGAUUAAAUCCGUCAUUUGGCUCGAGAGCCAAGAAUGCUUGAGUCGUGUGGCCGCUCGCCUUGGCUCCGAGCCUAAUACGUACGUAAGAAGGGUCGCGGAUAUUGUUUGACCUGCUCGGAUCAUCGUAUGGUUGCGCGUCGCCUGGCUUGGCUGUUCACUUUUGGGGCGAGUCACCAGAUUCGCCAGAUUCGCCGCUGUGGCCCAGGUUGUGUUAUCAUAUGCCCGUCUUGCCACGGUUUCCUGCAAGUCUCGCGCCUGGCGAACCAGCCGACUCGGCCCUCUGCGGUGGUAUUCUUGGCCCGGAACUUGAACCGUGCUCACACCACGGACGUCGGUAUCGGUAUGCUGUCCUUUCGUGCUGCCCUGGUUUGCGCCGGGCACCAAAGGGAGCGCAUUUCGCGACAAGGUGGACAAGGACAAGUUGGACAAGGCGGCUUGUCGUGUUCCGGGGAGUUGUGAAAACCACCGCCCACUAAUAAAGUUGACGGCCGGCAGGCUCGCCCCACCUCCCGGGAUAUGUUGCCUCCCAGGGCUCUUCAGGCCUCCUAGAACUCACCAGGGCAUCCGUCUCAGGGCGUCGCCAUCAUCAUGCAAAGGCCACGGCUGCGCGAGUUGGCGAGUGGCCCCCGGCCGUGACGCAAACCCUGGUUGCAACGCGGAGUCGGCGUAUUUCGUUCUGACUGGCAAGUAUAGAAUAUAGCGCGCACAGUGGGCGACAGGGAGGGAGGGAGGGGAAUUCGG